AUGGCUUUCGCCGGGAUGGCUUCCAUUCCCAACUACGACAGCACGGCACAGACGUCUGGUGUUCCCAUCAGCUCAGCUCGCAGCAACCACCAUGAGGAGGAGGAUAUCGCUGCCGCCAACCAGAACACCGUCGACACCGCCGCCACAUCCAUCACCGAGGUAGCGGGGAGCGACAAGGCUCCCAAGAAGUCUUCAACCCCUUUUGACAGCGACAAGAUCUCCGCUGAGGGUGAAGAUGAGGAUUCCGAGAUGGAGCGCCGCCACUCCUUGGUGCAGUCGCUUGCCCGCAAGUACUCCCACGCCUCGGCUACCGGCACCGUGAGAGGGAACCCCUUCUUCGCCGAUGAGACGUCGCCCCUGAACCCGAACUCGCCCGACUUUAAUGGCCGUGCUUGGGCCCGCGCCAUGGUCGACCUCGUCCAGCAGAACGGCGCUUCCUUCCGUACCUCCGGUGUCGCUUUCCAGAACCUCAAUGUCUUUGGUUUUGGCCAGGCCACCGACUACCAGAAGGAUGUCGGAAACAUCUGGCUGAGUGUGGCUGGUCUCGCGCGUAAGCUUACCGGUGGAGGUGGAAAGACCAGAAUCGACAUUCUUCGCAACUUUGACGGUCUUGUCCGCAAGGGCGAGAUGUUAGUUGUUCUGGGUCCUCCUGGCUCUGGUUGCUCGACUUUCUUGAAGACUAUCGCGGGUGAGACUAACGGUCUCUACACCGACGACAGCUCCUAUUUCAACUACCAAGGAAUGACUUCUAAGGAGAUGCACACCCAGCACCGUGGUGAGGCUAUCUACACGGCCGAGGUGGACGUUCACUUUCCUCAGCUAUCUGUUGGAGACACCUUGACAUUCGCCGCCCGCGCCCGUCAACCGCGCCAGCUUCCCGAGGGUAUUAGCAGCAAUGACUUCGCCCAGCACCUGAGAGACGUCGUUAUGGCCAUGUUCGGUAUCUCGCAUACCGUGAACACGCGCGUCGGUAACGAGUACAUCCGCGGUGUGUCGGGUGGUGAACGCAAACGUGUCACCAUCGCCGAGGCUGCCCUCUCUGGAGCUCCUCUGCAAUGCUGGGACAACAGUACCCGUGGUCUGGAUUCCGCCAACGCCAUCGAAUUCUGCAAGACCCUCCGUCUGCAAACCGAGCUUUUCGACAGCACAGCCUGCGUGUCAAUCUACCAGGCUCCCCAGAGUGCCUACGACCUCUUUGACAAGGUUGCUGUUCUGUAUGAGGGUCGCCAGAUCUUCUUUGGCAAGGCCACCGAUGCCCGGCAAUAUUUCAUUGACCUUGGAUACGAUUGCCCUGCCCGUGCCACCACCCCCGAUUUCCUGACUUCCAUGACCAGUCCUCAGGAGCGUCACGUUCGCCCCGGCUGGGAGAACAGGGCACCCCGUACCCCUGACGAGUUCGCUACCGCCUGGAAGAACAGCGCCAACUACACCGCUCUGCAAGCUGAGAUUGAGGAAUACAAGCAGACUCACCCUCUCAACGGUCCCGAUGCCGAGGCUUUCCGUGCCUCGAAGAAGGCCCAGCAGGCCAAGGGCCAGCGCGCCAAGUCUCCCUUCACCUUGUCCUACGCCCAGCAGAUCAAACUUUGCUUGUGGCGUGGAUGGAGACGUCUGAUCGGUGAUCCCAGCAUCACUGUCGGUUCGCUCAUCGGGAACGUCGUCAUGGGUCUCAUUAUUGGAAGUGUCUUCUACAACUUGCAGCAGGACACCCAGAGUUUCUUCCAACGCGGUGCCCUCCUCUUCUUUGCCUUGCUCAUGAACGCCUUCUCCAGUGCCCUCGAGAUUUUGACCCUCUAUGCUCAACGUCCGAUUGUAGAGAAGCAUUCCCGUUACGCCCUGUAUCACCCGUCUGCCGAAGCCGUUGCGUCCAUGCUGUGCGACAUGCCGUAUAAGGUCAUGAACACAAUCGUCUUCAACCUGGUCCUCUACUUCAUGACGAAUCUGCGACGCGAGCCCGGAGCCUUCUUCUUCUUCCUUCUAAUGUCCUUCUUCACGGUCUUGACCAUGUCAAUGAUUUUCCGAACCAUUGCUUCGUCGUCUCGAACCCUGUCGCAAGCCAUGGUACCUGCCGCCAUUCUUAUCCUGGAUCUCGUCAUCUUCACUGGCUUCGUCAUUCCUAUCGAUUACAUGUUGGAUUGGUGCCGAUGGCUCAACUACCUUGAUCCUCUGGCAUACUCUUUCGAGUCACUCAUCGUCAACGAAUUCCACGGUCGCAACUUCGCCUGCUCUGAAAGCCAAUUCGUCCCCAGCUCUGCCGUUCCCGGCUACGCCAAUCUCCCAUCCGCCCAGCGUGUGUGUAGUGCCGUCGGUUCCGUUGCUGGUCUUGACUACGUGAGCGGCGACGACUACGUUGGUUCUGGAUUCCGCUACUCGUAUGCCAACCGCUGGCGCAACUUUGGUAUCCUCAUCGCCUUUAUGCUUUUCUUCCUGAUGACAUACAUGGUUACGGCAGAGUUGGUCUCGGAGAAGAAGUCCAAGGGAGAAGUCCUUGUGUUCCGUCGCGGACACAAGCCCGCUGCCCUCAACGAGAAGCACACUGACGACCCCGAGGAUAUCCGCGUCGGACCCGUGACCACCGCCGACCGUGCCCGCAUCAACGAGAAGAACGACGGUCUCAUUGAGGAACAAAAGUCCACCUUCCACUGGAACGACGUCUGCUACGAGGUCCAAAUCAAAAACGAGACGAGACGCAUUCUGGAUCACGUCGAUGGUUGGGUCAAGCCUGGUACUUUGACCGCCCUCAUGGGUGUGUCAGGUGCUGGCAAGACCACGCUUUUGGACUGCUUGGCUGACCGUACCUCUAUGGGUGUCAUCACUGGUGAAAUGCUGGUUGACGGUUACCAUCGCGAUGCUUCUUUCCAGCGCAAGACUGGUUACGUCCAACAGCAAGAUUUGCACCUGCAGACCACUACUGUCCGCGAGGCUCUCAACUUCUCUGCCCUCCUUCGUCAACCCGAACACGUCCCGAGACAAGAGAAGCUCGACUACGUUGAGGAGGUUAUUAAGCUUUUGGAUAUGGAAGAGUAUGCCGAUGCUGUGGUCGGUGUUCCUGGAGAAGGUCUCAACGUUGAGCAACGUAAGCGCUUGACUAUCGGUGUCGAGUUGGUUGCGAAGCCUCCUUUGUUGCUCUUCGUUGAUGAACCCACUUCUGGUCUUGACUCGCAGACUUCCUGGGCUAUUCUCGACCUUUUGGAGAAAUUGACCAAGAGUGGCCAGGCCAUUCUCUGCACCAUUCACCAGCCUUCCGCCAUGCUUUUCCAACGUUUCGAUCGUCUCCUUUUCCUCGCCAAGGGUGGUCGCACUGUCUACUUCGGCGACAUUGGUGAGAACUCCAAGGUUAUGACUUCUUACUUUGAGCGUAUGAGCGGUAUGACUUGCCCUCACGACGCCAACCCGGCCGAGUGGAUGUUGGAGGUUAUUGGUGCUGCUCCUGGAUCCCACACCGAUGUCGACUGGCACCAGGCUUGGCGCAAGUCUGAGGAAUUCCAAGGCGUCCAGGCCGAACUGCAGAGACUCAAGGACGAGCGCGGUGUUCAGACCCCUGCUACUCACGACAAGGGCAGCUACCGCGAAUUUGCUGCUCCCUUCUUCGCCCAGCUCAAGGAGGUUACCCACCGUGUCUUCCAACAGUACUGGAGAACGCCCUCGUACAUCUACGCCAAGGCUGCGCUUUGCACCCUGGUCGCUGCAUUCAUCGGUUUCGUUUUCUUCAAGGCUCCCAACACCCAGCAGGGUCUCCAGAACCAGAUGUUUGCCAUCUUCAACCUACUCACCGUCUUUGGCCAACUCGUCCAGCAGACCAUGCCUCACUUUGUCAUUCAGCGGUCCUUGUACGAAGUGCGAGAGCGGCCGUCCAAGGUCUAUGGCUGGAAGGUCUUCAUGCUGAGCCAGAUUAUCGUCGAACUUCCCUGGAACACCCUCAUGGCUGCCAUUAUGUACUUCUGUUGGUACUACCCCGUCGGCCUGUAUCAGAACGCCAUUCCCGCCGAUCAGGUUACUGAGCGUGGUGCGCUGAUGUUUCUGUACCUGCUCGUCUUCCUGCUGUUCACGUCGACCUUCACCGAUUUCAUUAUCGCCGGAUUCGAGACCGCCGAGGCUGGUGGCAAUAUUGCCAAUUUGCUAUUCAUGCUUUGCCUCAUCUUCUGCGGUGUGCUCGCCAACCCCGACUCCAUCCCUCGCUUCUGGAUUUUCAUGUACCGUGUAUCGCCAUUCACGUACAUUGUUUCGGGCAUGUUAUCUACGGCUGUCGCCAACACAGAGGUUGUCUGUGCUGCCAAUGAGUUCCUCCACUUUGAUCCUCCCUCAGGACAAAGCUGUGGAGCCUUCCUCGAGAAGUACAUCGCGGCUGCUGGCGGAUACCUUCGCGAGCCUAACGCCACCACCGACUGCCAGUUUUGCACCAUUCAGGACACCAACGUCUUCCUGGCGAGCGUCAAGAGCGACUACAAUGAUCGCUGGAGGAACUUUGGCAUUGCUUGGGUCUAUAUCAUCUUCAACAUCUUCGCCGCCCUGGGCUUGUACUGGUUGGCGAGAGUGCCGAAGAAGGGCGGCCUCUUUGGCAAGAAGAAGACUGAGUAA